AUGGAAAAAAAAACACACACACACGCACUCUGAGCGAAAGAAAAACGAACAAGAAAAAAUCGGAUGAGCUAUACAUUUCUUAGCAGAAACUUCACCGGACCUGAGAAUUGAGAAAGUGUAGUUUGAGUUUCACAUCAAAAGAUUGUGUGUAAGAAGCGUUUUCUUCAGAUCGAUGGAAUAUCUUGGGAUUGAUCUAAGCUGCGCCGUUGGAUCUCUCCGCCACGGCCAGUUACCGGAGAAGGACUGCUUGCUCCCUCUCAUUUCCAAACUCCUCGGCUACGCCAUCGUCGCGGCUUCCACCACCGUCAAACUCCCCCAGAUUAUGAAAAUUCUGAAGCAUCAGAGUGUGAGAGGACUUAGCAUGAUAUCCUUCGAGCUUGAAGUUAUUGGAUAUACCAUUGCCUUGGCUUACUGUCUCCACAAAGGCCUUCCGUUUUCGGCUUACGGAGAGUUGUUGUUUCUUUUGAUCCAAGCUUUAGUAUUGGUUGCCAUAAUCUACUACUAUUCUCGACCUUUGCAUGCAAUAACAUGGAUCCGAGCAUUGCUAUAUUGUGCUGUUGCACCCACUGUCUUAGCUGGUCAAAUUGAUCCUCUCCUCUUUGAAGCUCUGUAUGCAUCCCAGCAUGCAAUCUUUCUCUUUGCAAGGAUCCCUCAAAUAUGGCAAAACUUUUCUAACAAAAGUACAGGGGAACUCAGCUUCAUAACUUCUUUUAUGAAUUUUGGAGGUUCAAUGGUUAGAGUAUUCACCACCAUCCAAGAAAAUGCACCGAAAAGUGUUCUAUUGGGCUAUGCAAUUGGUGUCGCAACAAAUUUUACCAUCUUGAGUCAGAUUAUAGCAUACCAAAAGCCUCAGGUUGGAAAGGAGAAGAAAACAAAGUAAUCGAAUUACAUUGCGUCGUGUAUAUCUCUUCAUCCUGGCCAACUCUCAGCAGACACAGAAUUUGGUCAGUCUUCAAUCGAACUUUACCUUGUUUCAAGUUUCAACUACUGAUAGGUGGACCAUAGGCAGCAGUGUAAAAGUAACAGGUGAUUAUUAUCAUAUUUAUUUUGAACCUGAGACACUUGAGCUUAAUUAGUUUAUCGUUAUUUAUCAAAGCUAAAAUUGAAAGGAUGCGUCCAGGUUCUUUGUAAGAAUCUCUUACCAUGAGUGUAAGGCUUAGUUAGUUCUA